AUUACAAUUUCCUAACCACACAUUCCUUCUACUGUAUACCAAAUCAUGCUUGAAUUUGAUUAAUAAAACAUUAAGUAAUUUGGUCAUGGUGUGAAUUGAAUCGUUUUGUAUUUUAUCUUCAUUUUAUUGCCCAAAAAUUGUGGUGCACCUCCCAACACUUCUUCCGAACAUUUUAAUUGAAUCCUAAGCGUAACUUAAAAAAGAUGGGUAAACUAGUCUUACUCGACACUUUGUCAAAACACGUGGGUCCUGUGUGGAACGUCGCCUGGCAUCCCAAGGGUGACGCGCUCGCCACCUGCGGUGAAGACAAAACAGUUAGAAUUUGGGCGAAACAGGGAAACAAAUGGAUUAAUAAAGUCGUAUUGAGCGACGCUCAUAAGCGUACUAUACGUUCAGUUGCAUGGUCGCCGUGCGGUAAUUACUUGGCAUCGGCCAGUUUCGACGCUACUGUCGCCAUUUGGGAUAGAAAGACGGGCGAAUUCGAGUGUAAUACUACGUUGGAGGGUCACGAGAACGAAGUGAAAAGUGUUGCAUGGUCCAGGUCGGGUCAUUUGCUAGCCACCUGCAGUCGUGAUAAGUCUGUAUGGGUUUGGGAAGUGGCGGACGAGGACGAAUAUGAAUGUGCCGCCGUCUUGAAUGCGCACACACAAGAUGUCAAGAAGGUUGUAUGGCAUCCAGAAAUCGACUUGUUAGCUUCGGCUUCUUAUGACAACACAAUUAAGCUUUUUAGGGAAGACCUUUCUGAUAACGAUUGGAUUUGUUUGGAAACUUUAGAAUCUCAUGAUUCGACAGUGUGGAGCUUAGCAUUUGAUAAGACCGGUAGAAGAUUGGCCUCGUGCAGCGACGAUACCACUGUAAAGAUAUGGAAGGAGUAUCCACCGAACAACCCGGAGGGGAUACCGACAACAGAUAAUGAAUCUACAUGGAAAUGUGUGUGUACACUUAGCGGUUAUCACACGAGAACUGUUUACGACAUCAGUUGGUGUCAUUUAAGUGGUUUAAUCGCAACAGCAUGCGGUGAUGAUAUUAUAAGAAUAUUCAAAGAAGAAGAAACUUCGGACUCCAAUGCUCCAACUUUUAAUUGUGUAAGUUCAACUGAACGUUCACAUACUCAGGAUGUGAAUUCGGUCGCAUGGAAUCCCGUUACUCCUGGGUUCUUGGCUUCUUGUAGUGACGAUGGAAGUGUCAAGUUGUGGAAUUAUACAGAUUAAGUUUUAAUUAUGUUAGGUUGAUUUUAUAUCUUGAAACGGUGUGUUACAUUUUUUAAUAUACAUAUAUCGUUUA